AACCAUGAAAAUCCUGGUGAUAUUUUUCACUUUAUUCAAACUCCUAUGUUACAUAUCUGCACAAAAGACUUGUAAGAAAGUGAAUUCUUGUAAAUGUAAAUUGGAUGAUGGAAAAGUCAUAGACUUGGAUCCAUUGGCGAAAUCAAGCGGACCCGCAUUUCUCGAUGUUCUCGACAGUGGUGGAGUGGAUCAAUAUUCGUGGAAUCCUUGCAAACCAUUUUCCGAAGGAGGAUGUACUAAUGCAGCGGUAUGUCAGACACAUUCAGGCCUCCAAUAUAACUGUGGCACUCAAGACAGUGCUGUUUUCGGAUACGAUGAUGCGAACAGUGUGUACACUAUAACUUACAGUGCAGAAAGCUAUGUGAAAAGCAAUGACGUCAGAACGACAACCCUCUACCUAUACUGUGACCAAGGUCCAGAUAUGUUCCAGCCAAUAGGAGAGGCUGUUCAAGGAACUUAUGCAUUGAUUUUCAAAGGUAAAUACGCAUGCCCAAGGACCGCGAGUGCGGGAAUUUCUGCAGGUUCCAUAUUAAUAAUCAUAUUUUUUAGCCUACUAGUUGUUUAUUUGAUUGGCGGAGUAUUAUUUCAAAUAUUUGUCAAGAAGAAUAGUGGUAAAAAUGCCAUACCUAAUUCAAAUUUCUGGUUUGGACUUCCGGGACUAAUUAAGGAUGGUGUAUUUCUCAUUAUUAGAAGAGGAGGGAAGAAAGGAUCAUACAACAGUAUAUGA